ACACUCACACAUAACAUAACAAUCCGUUAUAACCUACUAAACUAAAUUCUUAUAGAUUUCUAAAAUAAAUCGUAUUCUCUAUGGAACAUCGAAUAACGGUGAUCCCUUCGUAAUACUCCAAUUUCUACUUUAUACAUUCACCUAAUUAUAUCACAAGUUUAACUUGAUGAUUAUUUAAAAAUUUUUCAACGACCUUGUACGAUAUUAAUAUACCAUUCACGUAUCACCAGAACAUAAAAAAAGAAAGAAGAAAAAAGUGAAAGAGAACGUUCGAUGACGCGAACGAAAACCUAUCUGCUUACGAAACGUUACAAUCACAUAAGAUUGUCGUUGUGCCCGCACGUUUCAAAGUCGACUCGAGUAGUAAAGGUGGGAUAGGUAGGGGCGAUCACUUUCUCCAGGUCGAGGUAGAACGUGCCGAGUUCUCUCCAGCACUGACUUCAUGAACAUUCAAACGAACAUCAGCUUUUUACCAACGAAGUUAAGUGGACGUCGAAUUUGAUAACUUAUUUUUUUUCUCUUUCUCUUUUUUUUCUUCUUUUUUCUUUCUUCCUCCGAAAGAAAUUUUGAGGGAGUUGUCCAAUACGAUGAAUAAUAUAUCAAUUACGUUCAUUAUCUGUCAACGUUAAUCUAUCAUCGAACUAUACAUCAUCGAAAGUGUUGAAAUUUCAAGUGUUCGGUGAAACAAAUAAUAAAUGAGUUAGAGUGUCGAUACUUACAGAUUAUUUUUCAAUUUCAUUAAAUAAAAUCCACGAGAUGCUACUGUCAAAGAUAUUAUACGUCUUCGUUGGAUUUUACAUCGUCCUAUUAUCCAUGGUCGAUUCGAUGCCACAAGAUGGUCCGUCAUUCGAAGUUCCAAUACAACUUAUUGGCUUUCCCAUUAUCAUAGCCGCCGUUAGGGUAUCGAAUUUUAUUAAAAAGUUGGCUUAUUCUUUGAAUCCAGAGACCUAUGCGAACAGAACUAAACGAAUGACACGUUUGAUCCACGACGAGGAGAUUUUAAAUGUUGGACAAAUCGAAAAGAAGCUCGUUGAAAAACUCGGUAACAAUGUAUGCGUUUACGAAAGAAUAUGCGCUAAAUAUGCUACGAAAACGUUACAAAGAAGAAGCAGAGAACGUGUCCUAGAUUGGGACGUUAUAUUCAGAGAAUAUAAAUCGUCGCCAAAUCCGAUGAAAGAGAAUUACCUUUUGAGCGUCUUCCUUGGAGAUGUUAUUGGCAGUCCGAGGCUUUGCCAUCAACUGGCGAAGAGAGGAAGAGCUUGUGACGAUGAUACUCCGUCGGAUUAACUGAGAAGGACGUUACGAGAAUGGAAGAAGGUCGUGUGGCUUCGCGAGGGAUUGUAAAUAUUGUGAUGCCAUGAACGUUACACUGAUCACCGACCGGUUCUUCCUCGUAUGAAAAUAUUGUUUUUCUUUUCUUUUUGUUUUCUUUUUCUUUCUUCUUCUUUCGUUGAUAUCGAAAUAGAAGCGCAAAAUUUAUAUCUACGCAU